AGCCAUUUGGGCUCGAGGCUCAGUUUUGGCUCCCCCGGAGGCGGCCAGUCCAGAGCGAGGGCCGCGCCCAGGGGUGCCCGCUUCGCCGCAGGGCCUUGCCGGCAAUAUGAUGGCCCAGCAGCAGCAGAUGGCGGCCAUGCAGGCGGCCCAGCAGCAGCAGAUGGCCAUGCAGCAGCAGGUGGCCGCUCAGCAAGCGGCGGCAGCGCAGCGGGGGGGCCAGCCGGCGCUGACGGCUCAGCAGCAGCAGCACAUCCAAGCGUACUUGCAGCAGGCUGCCCAGCAAGGCUACAACCAGCAGCAGCUGCAGCAGCUGCAGCAGCAGCUGAUGGUCCAGUGCCAGCAGCAGAACGCGCAGGCCUCCGCCCAGCAGCAGCAGCCCUCGGGCCAGCAGCCGCAGGCCCAGCAGCAGGGUGCGGCCGCCCAGCAGCAGGGCGGCACACCGCAGCAGCAGAUGCAGCAGAUGCAGCAGAUGCAGCAGAUGCAGCAGAUGCAGGCGCAGCAGCAGGCACAGCAACAGGCACAGCAGCGGGCGCAGCAGAUGCAGCAACCGCAGCAGCAGAUGCAGCAACCGCAGCAGCAGCCGCAGCAGCAGCAGAGUCCGGCGGGAGUGCCAGAGACCGUUGGCAACGAGCGUCAGAUCACCGUGCAAGGGUGCACCCACGCCACGGUGGGCGCCAUCGUCCGUGGCGCCUUCACGCUGAGCACCGAGAACCACGGGAAGCCAGCGUACAAGAAGGACUCGCAGGUCAACGGCCUCGAUGUCAUGCUCUACUUUUGGGACGAGCGCGACGGGCCGAGCUUUUGCGGCUGGUGGUUCGGUCCGAAGAUAGGGGGCGACCAGGUGUGGGCGUAUCACCCUGCAAAAGAGGCGUCGUCGCCACCAAAGACAGGCUGGAAGGUGCCCUAUGACGGUCCGGUGGACACCACCUUCGUGCUGGGGAAGACCACGCCAGGAAUGGUGCAGCAGCAAGCUCCCAACGGAGCCCAGAACCAGAUGCAGCCGAUUCGGGCGACGCCCCAUGUCACGAACCCGCAGCAACAGUGGCAGCAGCAGCAGAUGCAGAUGCAGCAGCAGCAGCUGCAGCAGCAGCAGCAGAUGCAACUACAGAAGCAGCAGCAGAUGCAGCUGCAGCAGCAGCAGCUGCGGCAGCAGCAACAGCAGCAGAUGGAGGCAAAGAGGUUGCAGCAGCAGAAGCAGCAGCAGGAGCAGCGGGCCACCCUCGCCGUGCGCCGGAUCAUCCAGUUGAUGCGGACAGCGAGGGAAGAGACCUUCGACGCGCUCAAGGCGCAGUUGGACGAAGUGCUGGCAAAGGAGCUGGAGAACUGCGGCGCCCAGCAGGAGCGGAUAAAGCAGGAGGCGGAGCAGGGGCUUGAGGCGGCCAAGCUGCUGAUAGCGCAGGCGAAGGAGGCGGAGGAGAAGCGCAAGGCCGCGGUGGCAAACGCCGAGGCCCUCCUGAAGGAGCUCGAAGGCCACAUCGUGGAGGCCGAGGAGAAGGGCAAGGCCCUCAAGGAGGAGGCGAAGCAGUUCUCAGAGAGAGCCGAGGUGAGCCUGGAGGACGUGAUCGCUGCGGUGGCUGCGGUCGAGGAGGCAGGCGCGGCGGCCAAGGAGAGGAUGAAGGUGUGCACCGACUUCAUCACUGCCAAGGGCGCCGAGCUGAAGGUCUCCAUCCCGAUCGCGCCGCCCGGCCAGGCGUCCGCGGAGAAGCCUGCAUCCGAGAAGCCAACUUUCCAGGCGCUGCUGCAGCGCAUCAUCGAGUGUACCAAGGCGAACGAGACGACGCUGAAGGAGGCCCAGGACCAGAAGGCCAAGGCCACCAAGAAGGCCAGCGCGAAGAAGUUGAUAGAUGCCCAGGAGGCGCUGUUCGACAAGUAUGCCGCGAAGGAUGGCUUCCUGGGUAAGGCGGAGGCGAAGAAGUUUGCCAAGGCCGAGUGCGACUGCACUCUUUCGACCAAGGACUGCGACCGCAUCUUCGCCGUCCACGUGCCGGAGGGCUCCAAGGGCUUCAAGAAGGAGAAUUUCCAGAGGCUGAGGUGCGCCAUCGGCAUGAUGCGGGAGAAGGCGAAAGACAAUGUCAGGAAAGCGGCAAGGGAAGAGAAGGAGAAGGCGCUGAGUGACCUCAAGGAGAAGCUGCAGGCGAAAGUGGCGUCCGCUCUCCAGGAGGCCACCGCGUCCGAUGAGCUCGUGGUCAAGGCGGAGGAGGCCGCCAAGCCGCUCCUUUCCAAGGUGGCCACCAGCUCCGCGGCCGAGAUGACCAAGCUCGUCGACGAGGUCGACGCCUUCAUAGAACAGGCUAGAGAGAGCGUCAAGGAGCUGAAGACGACCAUCGCGGGUAUCUCCGAAGGUGUAGAUUCUCAGUUGACCUUUUGGCUAGCGGCCGAGAUGAGGCCAGUCAACUUGAAGACGGUCCCGCUGGAGCCUAGGCUCAUGAAAGUUGACGUGAUGGCGACACGAUUUCGGGAAGAGUCCAAAAAGAAAGAUAUGAAGGAAUUGGAUUUGGUUGAAAAGAAGGUCCUUCGGCACGUCAGGUACCACCAAAAAGAGGAGGGCCUGAAAGUAGAGGAGCUGUUUGACCUGAUCGAUGCCGACAAGGACGGCAGUAUCAACGAGGACGACCUCCUCAAGUUCCUCGGGAGUUGCAAGACGGCGCCCAAGGAGGAUAAGGAGGGCGAGGCCGAGAAGGCAGAGAAGGACGAGGGCGACGGGAUGCCGCCCGCGGAAGAGCUGAAGAGGCUGUUCAAGUAUUUGGACGAAGAGGAGGAGGGCAGUGUGCCCAAGGAGAGGAUGAUUCAGUGGCUGAAGGUUUACAUGAAGGUGGCGAAGGAGACAGUGUUGUCCACCGAGCUGGGUAUCCAGGCUGGCGAGACUGUUAGGCGGCUCGAGGAGGGGGAGGCCGUGGAGAUCGUGUCCGCCCCGCAGAAGGAAGAGUCUGUCAACCUGCUGCGAGCGAGGGGCGUCGCCAUGAAGGACAUGAAAGAGGGGUGGGUGACCCUGCAGGGCUCCCAGGGCUCCAAGUUCUUAGUCGAGGGCGGCAACUUGUUCAAGGUCGUCAAGGAAACGAUCCUGACUGCCUCCUUCAGUCUCGGCGGCGAGGACGACAAGGAGCCCUCGAAGAAGCUGAAGGCCUCCACCAGGAAGCUGAGGGCGGGCGAGCUCGUGGAGGUCAGGGAGUGGCCCAAGAAGGAGGAGACCUCUGGCCUCAUGCGCAUGAAGUGCAGGGCGAAGACCGACGGCGCCGUCGGGUGGGCCACCGUGGUUGGGAACCAGGGCACGAAGUUCCUGGAAGCGGCCUAGGCGACCGUGGCCCCGCGGCAGCCCGGCCCGCGAGGCGCCGGCCGCGGCAGCCCGCGCGCGCCCGCCGCGGCCCGCGACCCGCCGCGGCCGCGGCCGUGGGUCGGCGGGCCGCGCCGGUGGAGCGGCGCGGCCCGGGAGCUCGCCGCCGGCGCGCCUGCACGGGCCGGGCGGCGCCCGGCGCGCGCCCUGCCUAUAGGGCCGGCAGGCCGAAGGCUUGCCCAAUACAUGCGCGGUCGGGAGCUUGAUGGCUCAGCGCGUCGCGGCGCCGGUGCUGGCCCAGCACGCUCCAGGGCGACGCGUGGGUCGCUUCCCAGACGUGCAUGCUCGCGUCGCUGAGGAGGACACGCAAUGAACGGCUCCAGUUCACGAACAUGUUCUGGAUGAUGUUUCUUUCCUCGCUGGUCCGUCUGAUCCAAAUAGCUCCAUGUUUACGUGUUUGGCAGUCGCGUUAUAUGUUUGUGCACGGGAAGCCUCUACGCUGCCCUAUCGUAGAAGACGAAUCCGUGUAUAGUUUGGGGAAGAUGUGCCGAUCGAGUU